AUGUCACCAACAGAAGCGUCAAAAGAAAACAACUCAGACGUGGUGUGGAAAAACCUUUACGGGGAUACAAUAUUCGAAAAAGCAAAGUUUAAAUUCAACACUGGAGACACUGUUAGGUUGAGCAAGUAUAGAACUCCAUUUGCCAAAGGCUACGAACAGGGUUGGACACAGGAGUUGUUUACAAUAACGCAGCGUUUAAACAGGUCACCGCCCGUCUACAAGGUGGAAGAUUACGAAGGAGAAGAGAUAGAGGGUGUCUUCUACGAACCUGAAAUGAUUCGUGUUGUGAAGAAAGACGACGUGUACACAGUCGAAAAAAUUUUAAAAUCAAGAGGCAAGGGUAAAUCGAGGGAACAUUUUGUAAAAUGGCGAGGUUAUCCAGAAAAAUUUAACAGUUGGAUCAAGGCAUCAGACGUUAAAACGGUAUAA